AAAGAUUUUCAGUCAGAUUUCUGUCAAAAUUUGCCUUCAAACGCACAUAGGGUAACACAAUAUAAUGAAAUUUUAUAGAUAUUGCAAAAAUAUGAUAGUGUUCUUUUUAAGAACUAAAUCUUUGUAAAUGAAUGGAACUGAGAAGGAAUGAGUAAUAAUCACAUGACAUUUUUUUACAGUUCUACAUACAUACAUACAUAGUAUACAAGGGAAGAUGUAUCUAGACUAUUCCUUCAUCUGAAUAGAAGAACAGAAAGACCAUUCUUCCUCUGAAUAGAAGAAGAGGAAGACCAUUCUUUCCUCUGAAUAGAAGAAGAGGAAGACUAUUCCUUCAUCUGUGUAGAAGAACAGAAAGGCUAUCUUUUUUGUAAAGUACUGAAAAAACUGUAGUGACACUAUGCCAAUUUUGUUUUGUGUUGUGUCUAGAGGAACAACUGUUUUAGCCAAGUAUGCCAGUUGUGCUGGAAAUUUUACUGAAGUUACAGAGCAGAUUCUUUCAAAAAUAUCACCUGGCGAUUCUAAACUAACUUACUCUCAUGGAAGUUACUUGUUUCAUUACAUCAAUGAAAACAGAAUAAUCUAUCUAUGUAUAACAGAUGAUGAUUUUGAAAGAUCAAAAGCGUUCCUGUUUUUAAAUGAUGUUAAAAGAAGAUUUCAGACUCAGUAUGGAGUGAGGGCACAGACAGCUUUACCUUAUUCCAUGAAUAGUGAGUUCUCCAGGGUGAUAGCAUCACAAAUGAGAUCACUGACAGAACACAAAGAAAAAGAUAAUAUAGAGAAAGUAGAAGCUCAAGUGGAUGAAUUGAAAGGAAUCAUGGUCAGAAAUAUAGAUCAAAUAGCUGAUAGAGGAGAAAGAUUAGAACUUCUAGUUGAUAAAACAGAAGACCUUCAAGCUAAUUCAAUAACAUUUAAGAAGAGUAGUCGUACCCUAGCUAGGUCUAUGUGGUGGAAGAAUGUCAAGAUCACCAUUAUUGUAAUAGUUGUUGUUAUUGUUAUCUUGUAUUUCAUUAUAUCAGCUGCUUGUGGUGGAUUAGACUGGCAUGGAUGUACCAAGAAAUGAAGCUAAUGAAUAUUCAUAUCACAUGUCUUUCAUCAUUUGUCAGCCAUGAACAAAUAUAUAAUUGUAAAUGGUAAUUGGUGCAUUUUUAAAUAUUCCAAUGAAUAUCAAAUAAAUAUUUGAAGUAACCAUCUAAAACACAACUGUUAGUGAUGUCUGUCAAUAUAGUGUGUAUGAAAGCAGUAUACUGUGUUGAGAAUUUUUUAUUUGCUUAUGAUAUAUAAAUAAAUAUAUGAUGGUCAGUAAAUGUUAUGAAAUUUUUUGGUGAAUUAAUUUGUUUGCAUAUUUUUUAAGUAUUGCUAAAUAGUUUCAAUAUUUAGGCAUAUUCAUGAUUUCAAUGUGGCAGUUAUGAUUCAGUAAAAUACUUUUUUGUUAUUUAUUUAUUUAUAUAUUUCAAUAAACUCUUUAUUUACGACCAAUUAUUAUUGUUUAUUUUUUGGUUCAAUUCAAUCCAUAUCAAUAUAUAUAAUUUGAAUAACACAUUAACAGAAUGUUCAGAGUAUUACAAAUUUAUAUUAGAAUUGUAUGUUUUGUAUAUAUUCAUAUAUGAUCACACUCACAAGAAAACAAAAUUUGUUAGGUUUCAGCAGAAACAAAAUAACACAAGCUGAUAUACCACAUGCCAAAAAAACAUCUUCUGGGCAUUAUGUGAACCAUACUGGCUUUAGUAGAAGGUGUAACAUUAUAUUACUGUACCUAUCUCAACCUAAGACAGUAUGUUAAUAUUAUACUUUUAUUAAAAUCAUUGCUUUUGUAUAUUGUAUUUAGGAUUUUUUUGUGUGUAGUUUAUUCAUAUAAUUUAUGUUUAUGGCAUUUUUUUAGUUCACCUAAUUGUGUGUUUCACCUCUUUGAAUUUGAAAU